ACAAUCCAUAACAUAGCAUGUUUUUCCAUCAUUUUAAGGUACCGAUGCUAAUGAAAGCCACAGCAGAUGAUGAGAAUCCCUGCCCCGGCUACCUUUUUCAAGAAAUCAGCAAAAUAUCUCAUGAAUCUUUAGGAUAUGGUCAAUGUUUGUUGGAGUAUCUUCUCGAAAGGCUACAGGUGAAAUCUUGCCAUGUUAAACUCAAGGUGCUAAAGAUUUUUGUACAUCUAUGUGACCAUGGUUCAAACCAUUUUCUCACAGAAUUGAGGAGGAACUCAACUUUCAUCCAGCAAGCAUCAGUUUACAGUGGUCCUCCUGACCCUAUCCAUGGCACUGCAUUGUAUCAGAGAGUACGAAAUACAGCACAGGAGGUGGCAAGGCUUCUCUUCACAGAUACAACUGUAAUAAAGAACAGCAUCUCUCCAACAGCUCAUCAAACAACAGGCAUGGGUUCUGCCGCCCAUAAAUCAGGAAUGCAGGGGUUUGGGUACAGUCCAGCCAAACAGGGAUUUGGCAAUGAUUCGUUACUAGAUAAGAUUCAGAAAGCUGCUGAAGUUGUGGCCAGUGCUGUGCUUCCUCCAACUGAGCACCAAGGUAUCCGUCUCUAUGACAACCAUUACAGGGCAGUAGUGGCUCCAGCAGCACCCAUAGAAGUGGCAGUACCCGCAUGUUCAUACAACCUACCUGCACGCAAACCUAAAGUGACUCAGCGAUGCCCUGGACAAAUAGGAGGAGGCUGGGAAGAAACGGACAGUGUCAACAGUUCAUCUCACAAUUCCUCUCGAGAAGUUUCAGGCCAUUGCAGGGUGUCUACAGGAAGAGGGUCGGCUGGCACAGGUAGCCAGUCUGGGGCCAGCAGAGAGAGCAGUGGAGAUCUAUCCGAAAGGGUGGAAGCCCUACAGUUAGGAGACUGUGGCCAGGAGGUGGCACUUAUCAGUAAAAUUACUGAUGGCUCCAAGGUUUUUCUAUCACGAGAGGAAAGCCAGCACUUCAUAAAAGAGUCUUCUACUUUAAACUGUGAAGUUGUAGUUGACCUACUUGCCAAGAAACUCCAAGAUCCUUCAGGCACAGUUAAAAUGCGAACAAUGUGUGCUUUAGCAUGUCUUAUGACCUCUGACCUCCUUUCGCUGGAACAAAUAUUUGCGGCUACACAGAGCAGACUUUAUCUGCUGAGUGAGGGGCCUUCAGGUCCUGUGGUCAACAAAGCUACCAAGCUUUUACGGCAAUUUGAAGCUCUGACCCGUGGAUCUCAGCCUCUUCAUAAGCAACCAAAUUCAAGAAGCAGCCAUCAUACAUCGGACAAUUUCACAUCUGCAUGUACUGACCCUUUAGACCUAACACAUCCUGGCCAGUUGCCACAGGUUUUACCAGAGUAUGUCCCGCACCGCCUCCAUGGACUGGAGGAGUGUGGUAGGACAGCUGAGGCUGAGGUUAGAGCUGGACAUGAAAUGGUCCAAACCAGCAGCAGCCCUUUGCCCUGGGAGCUCCACCGGUCAGACACUAACAGCCUGUCACUGUUCAGUGGGAUGGAGCUGGUGACCACGUCCAGGUCUGUGAGUGAGAACCAGACAGAGAAGAAAGCCAUGGAUGACAUCUUAAAUGUGUCUGUAGAGGAAAAUGCAGGAAAAAACAGAGACAAUCUAACAGACACACACUCGACUAGUAUAACAGCUGAGGACACACAUUUUUAUGAUACUUCUGUUUCUUCUGAUGACACCGAGGCGGUGUCUGCCUUUUCAUUUCUCAACUCUUGACAAUGGUUCAUUUAAACAAAAUUUUUACCAAUGAUGUUCACUAGUUCAGCAUUUCAGACACAUCUAUGAGAACUAUAAUUCUCCUUCCUUUUAGUUUUGUGGUACUUACAUUCAAAAGCUUUGUUUUACAGAAGUAUAUUUUGUUCAUUAAAAUUAGCUUCUAAAACUCAGGACAUUAAGAUGGUUUGCCUCUGGGAUUUCCAGACUCUCUGAGGGUGUCCCUCAGUUUGUUUUGCACAUUAAUGUUUAAUAUAUUUUUUUAUUAUGUUAAUUAGUUGUAAUUGACCAUUAUUUAUACCAACUCUGUUUUAUACAAAAUCUUUUGAAAAGUUCAAAACAAGAAUUUAACCCCAAGAGUGUGACUGCAUGGCUGUACUAUGAAUAAGUCAUUCAUAAAAUUAACAGGCUAUUUGAUGAUUCAGUUACAAGAAAUAAAUAUCCUCAAAAUUAUUUAUUUUGUAUUAAACUAAACAUGUAACAACAAAAA